AUGCAUCGUCUCCGAACUUCACCUCCCCUCUGGCAAUUGCCACGAGCGUUGUCAUAUUCUGUCCCGUGCCGUAACUUGAUAGCUCCCUCUAGUAGGUUCAACAGCCCUGUAGAGUCAGACUCUCACGACAUAUUGGAACCUGUCAUCCCAAAAAUCGACCAUUCAUUGCCUACAUCACAAGAACCCAGCAAUUCCACGGGUGAUGUGCGGAACUCCACCACUGAUGUGGUUAGAGGAAAAGCCCGUGUGAAUGGCAUUCUAAAAGUGGGCAAAAAAGAGUCGAUCUGGGCUGGAAAAGAGGAAUUGUACUUGCGUUUGGAUAAAAACACAACAAUCAAACUGCCAUAUACUUAUCUGCGCGAUUCCUGCCAGUGUGGAGUGUGCAAGGAUCAACACUCGAAGCAGCGUUCGUUCCGCACAAGUGACAUUCCCAAGGACAUUGCUCCACGCUGGGUCAACUGGGAUGGGACCAAACUUUCAAUUAGGUGGACCAACGACAUUGAGGGGUAUACGACUGAGCAUGAAUCAACCUGGGACCGUGACUUCCUAAAAACCCCCAUUUUCAACACCCAUCGUCAACAUUGGAGUGCGAACUGCAACCCGAUCAUAUGGGGACGAGCUCAAAUGGACCAAAGUCAACAUUGGGUGUCUUACCCGGAAUAUAUCGCGGACGAUUCCAAAUUUGCCUCGGCGAUGCAGCAGUUGCAGCGCCUGGGCCUUAUCUUUGUGAAGGAUGUUCCAGACUCACGAUCGAUGGUUGAAGCCAUUGCAACACGCAUGGGUCCACUGCGAAACACCUUCUAUGGCUCAACAUUCGAUGUGCGCACCGUUCCACAGGCCAAAAAUGUCGCAUAUACAAACCAAUUCCUUGGCUUUCACAUGGAUUUGAUCUCCUCCACUGUCUGGAGAACUCAUGUUCGGGGGGGCGAGUCGCUGUUCGCAGACACAUUUUCGGCAGCAAAACUCAUGAAAGAGCGACACCCAGAAGAGUAUAAAGUGCUUCGUGAGCAGCGGCUGGGAUACGAGUACAGGCACAAGGAUCACAUCUACUACAACGAACGACCCGUCUUUGAACAUGACUCCUACACAGACGAGCUGCGCCACGUCAAUUACUCGCCCCCUUUCCAGUCUCCCCUCCCACCAUGCGACGGGAAAGGCCAUGAUGCUGAGCCUGUUAACAAGCUACGGGAUGCCCUUGCCAGGUUUACUUCAAUUAUUGAUAACCAAAAGCGCAUCUUUGAGCUCAAACUCAACCCGGGCGAUUGCGUCAUCUUUGAUAACAGAAGAAUCGUUCAUGCCCGCCGCCAAUUCAAUGCUAGCGUGGGAUCUCGCUGGUUAGCAGGCGCCUACGUGGAUACCGAUGCUCUCCUAUCCCGCUUUGCGGUCUGUAGGAGCCAGCAUCCAUAUGUUUGGACGAAGAAAGCCAAGAAAGAAUUGGCGGCCAACAACCGAGACAAUAAGUAG